CCUUCACACAACUUCACAUCUGUGUGCUUCAGGAUUUUUUCCUGAUUGUUUGUUCUCUGAGAUAUCGUUGGUCUGGCGGCCACGCAGACAAUGGUUGAGGACAGAAAUUCUAUUGCGCGGUCAGGCGUCGACCAGGCGAGCGCUCAAUUCAUCGAAUGGUUCUCGGCGGUUGAUGGCACUCGCCUCAGUACGAAGAUCCAACUGAAGGAUCUGAGCGCCGAGGGUGCGGGCAGAGGAGCUGUCGCCAAAGAAGACAUCGCAGAGGAUGAAGAACUAUUCGCCGUCCCUCACCCGCUUGUCUUGAUGACCUCGACUUCCAGCAUCCCACCAUCGGUGCUGGAGCCGCUUGCUGAGAGCGGUUCGUGGCCUCCUCUCAUCGUCACCAUCAUCUACGAGUAUCUGUGUAAAGAAUCGUCUCCGUGGUAUCCAUAUUUUCGAGUCCUGCCUACCACCUUCGACACCCUCAUGUUCUGGAAUGAGGCAGAACUUGCAGAAUUACAGGCAGGUGCAGUCACAGACAAGAUUGGCAGAGCAGAAGCAGAGCAGGCCUGGAAAGACACAAUCAUCCCAAUAAUGCUGGAGCAUCCUGAUCUCUUCCCUAUACCUGGGGCCGCUGCUUCGGAUCGUGCUGCAGAAUUGAUCAAGCUAGCACACAUGGCUGGGAGUUUGAUCAUGGCAUACGCAUUCGAUAUUGACCGGGAUGAGGAUGACGAUCGACCACGGGAUGGCGUCUCAGAAGACGAAUAUGAAGAAGACGACGAGGAUGAACCGCUCAAAGGUAUGGUGCCCUUCGCCGAUAUGCUUAACGCCGAUGCCGACAGAAACAACGCUCGACUUUUCCAGGAAGAGAACUACCUCAUCAUGAAAGCCACCAAAUCGAUAGCUGCAGGCGAACAGAUUUUCAAUGACUACGGACCGCUUCCACGAUCCGACCUCCUACGCAUGUAUGGUUAUGUGACAGACAAGUAUGCUAAGCACGAUGUCGUCGAGUUUUCGCACGACCUGAUAUUGGAAGUCGCGGGCAAGAAACAUGACAAAAACAACAAAGCGUGGUUGAAGCGGGAAGAGCAGCUUGACGAGCUCGGCCUCCUAGAUGAUGGGUAUUCAAUACCUCGCCCCGACUCGACUGCUACAAAGUUGGAAGAUGUCAUACCAGGCCAAGUCCACAUGCUUUUGCGGGCGUUGUGCGCGCAUGAGCAGGACGAGACACCAAAGAAGCCCAAAGAGGCCGUGUCCAUUGGAGAAGCUGCUCUGCUUCAAUCGGUGCUCACCAAGAGACUGUCUGAGUACAGUACGACGUACUCGCAGGAUCGGGCAACGUGGGAGUCAGUAAAGUCUGGCCACCAUCCCACCCCCCAAGGUUGCAUUGCACGCCGCUUUGCCAUGGCGCUACAGGUCAGGAUGGGAGAAAAAGAAAUCUUGCAGCAAUUGAUCAGCUUCUGUCAGCAGCACAUCGAGCGGAUGUCUGCCGAGAUAGCGACAGCCAAACGGAAACGAUCCGAUGAGACCACCCAGCAAGCACGAGCGAAGAAAAGAAGGUGAGGGUUGCAAGAAAAAGUAUGACACCAAUGACGAGAAGGAGUUUCACAAUAUUCUCUUGUGAUUCUAAAGGCGCUGGCCUUGCUAAGUCAUACAAUCCGACACUGCCAUCCACAGCCACCACUUCUACGGCUAGUCAACCUCUGACCAC